AUGGCUGUGAUGAUGUUUCGUGAGUUUUAUACUACAGUAGUGGCAAAUGAGAUCAUUUGUCAUGGUUUUCUAGUUGAGAAAGGAUUGUUGAAAAGUGCCGAAGGCAACGCCCCUUGCCAUAAAUGCGACACAGAAAUGCAAGUAAAACGACGGAAAUGCCAUAAUGGGAAUGGAUGCCCAUUUUUCGGUGUCCAAAAAGAGGCUGUCGGACAACAAGAUCAUCACGAGCUGGCAGCAGAUUUUUUCAUUUCACUGACUUGA